AUGGCUGGGGGUGUGUGGGGCCGGGCCCGGGAGGCUCCCGUGGGGGCUCUAACCCUGACAGCACUGACUGAAGGAAUCCGGGCCAGGCAUGGGCAGCCCCAGGGACCCCCUUCCACAGGCCCUCAGCCCAAGUCCUGGGAGGUCAAACCUGAGGCUGAGCCACAGACCCAGGCACUCACCGCCCCCUCUGAGGCUGAGCCUGGACGUGGGGCCACCAUCCCUGAAGCUGGCAGCGAGCCUUGCUCCCCCAACAGUGCCCUGGAACCAGCCCCUGAGGGGCCCCACCAGGUUCCCCAGAGUUCCUGGGAGGAGGGAGUUCUUGCCGACCUCGAGUUGUACACGGCUGCCUGCCUGGAGGAGGCUGGCUUUGCAGGGACCCAGGCGACAGCGCUCACCCUGUCCUCAGCCCUGGAGGCCCGGGGGCAGCGGUUGGAGGACCAGGUGCAUGCUCUGGUGCGCGGGCUGCUGGCGCAGGUGCCCAGCCUAGCAGAGGGGAGGCCCUGGAGGGCGGCCCUGCGAGUGCUGAGCGCACUGGCCCUGGAGCACGCGCGGGACGUGGUGUGUGCGCUGCUACCCCGCUCUCUGCCCCCCGAUCGGGCAGCAGCCGAGCUCUGGCGCAGCCUAAGCCGUAACCAGCGUGUAAAUGGGCAGGUGCUGGUGCAACUGCUGUGGGCACUGAAGGGCGCUUCGGGGCCUGAGCCCCAGGCGCUGGCGGCCACACGUGCUCUUGGGGAGAUGCUGGCUGUUUCGGGCUGCGUGGGAGCCACAAGGGGUUUCUACCCACAUCUGCUGCUUGCGCUGGUCACACAGCUGCACAAGCUGGCCCGCAGCCCGUGCUCCCCCGACAUGCCCAAGAUUUGGGUUCUGUCCCACCGAGGGCCACCACACAGCCAUGCCAGCUGCGCCGUGGAGGCCUUGAAGGCCCUGCUCACCGGGGAUGGAGGCCGCAUGGUGGUCACAUGCAUGGAGCAGGCAGGAGGCUGGAGGAGGUUGGUGGGAGCCCACACCCACCUGGAGGGCGUCCUGCUGCUGGCCAGUGCUAUGGUGGCACAUGCCGACCACCACCUGCGAGGCCUCUUCGCAGACUUGCUUCCUCGGCUUCGCAGCGCGGACGACCCGCAGCGUCUCACGGCUAUGGCCUUCUUCACAGGGCUGUUGCAGAGCCGGCCCACCGCACGGCUCCUGCGGGAGGAGGUCAUCCUGGAGCGACUCCUCACCUGGCAGGGAGACCCCGAACCCACUGUGCGCUGGUUGGGCCUGCUGGGCCUGGGCCACCUCGCGCUGAAUCGCAGGAAGCAGGUGCGGCACGUGAGCACGCUGCUGCCGGCGCUCCUGGGCGCACUGGGCGAAGGCGACGCGCGGCUCGUAGGUGCAGCGCUGGGCGCCCUGAGGAGGCUCCUGCUGCGGCCCCGGGCGCCUGUGCGGCUCUUGAGCGCGGAGCUGGGACCGCGCCUCCCUCCGCUGCUGGACGACACACGGGACUCAAUCCGCGCCUCGGCCGUCGGGCUCCUCGGGACUCUGGUGCGCCGGGGCCGGGGCGGGCUCCGGCUGGGGCUCCGCGGCCCCCUGCGGAAGCUGGUGCUGCAGAGUCUCGUGCCGCUGCUGUUGCGUCUGCAUGACCCCAGCAGGGACGCUGCUGAGAGCUCAGAGUGGACCCUGGCCCGUUGCGACCAGGCCUUUUGCUGGGGCCUGCUGGAGGAGAUGGUCACCGUGGCCCACUAUGACAGCCCUGAAGCCCUGAGCCACCUCUGCUGCCGCCUGGUCAGUAGGGGAAGCAAGGUUCAGCGAUACCCGGGCCACGUGCCCAACUUCCUGAGCCAGACCCAGGGCUACCUGCGGAGUCCACAGGACCCCCUGCGCCGGGCAGCCGCCGUGCUUAUAGGUGAGGCCGCCCGGGGUCACACUGCCCCUGGCACCGGGGCUUUGGGAGCUGGGCCAGCCUCCCCCUGUGGGGCUGUGGGGCCCGCACUCAUGCAUCUGCUGUGGUCCAGGCUUCCUUGUCCACCACGCCAGCCCCGGCUGUGUCAACCAGGACCUGCUGGACUCCCUGUUCCAGGACCUAGGGCGGCUGCAGAGCGACCCCGAGCCGGCCGUGGCCGCGGCAGCGCACGUGUCCGCCCAGCAGGUGGCGAUGCUGGCCCGCGCCCGGGGCCGCCCCCGUGGGCCCCGCCUCCUCCGCCUCGCCCCGCGCCCCGCCCGGCCCCCACCAGUCUUCGCCGACAGCCCCUUCCAGCGCCGGAGCCUCGCGGGCCGCUGGGGCUGCUCCGGACCCCGCCGAGCCUGAGGCUCGGGGUUGGGGCCCGCGGGCCAGGGUCCGACUCAGGCACCCCACACGCACAGCAGCCGUCCCCGCCCUGACGGAGGGGCUCCCUGGGCCUGGUGCUGGACGCCAGUGCCCACCCCCACCCCCCACCCCCGCGACCCCUCUUCAGGCACCCACCGCCCUGAUGGCGACAGAGAGGGACAGCCAGCACCCAUCUGUCCCCGUCAGGGCUCUUGUUCUCACAGCCCCCUGGAGCAUGCCCCGUGUCCCAACCUUGGGCCUGGCUCCUGGCCCAGAUGGCACCUGGCCUUUUGAGUCUGGUGGGGGACCCCAAAGUUGGUGGUCCCAUAGGCUGCCCUCUUGGGUCUCCACCUCAUGCCUGGACAGACGCUGUGGCCUGUCCGGGCCUUGGCCAGCCCUGCAGCUGCACCCCCGAUCCUCAUCCCUCACCCCAUUCCUUGCCAGCAUCCUGAGGCUCCUGGCGGGCAUCCUCUCUGCUGAAGAGUAUUGACCUGUCUCCCGGCCACACCUGCUGUGCCCUCUCAGCCAGGCCAUCAUCACCCCCUGUUCAUUAUGUCAGGCCUCAUGGGAGCCUGGCCCUCUCCAGAAGCUGGCCCCGGUGUCCCCCCAAGCUGGACCACGUAGGCCCCGGAUCACACCUGGGGGUCCAGAUGUAGGGGUCCCGUGUGCACGCCCAAUCAGACCAAGCACUUGUGACACUACCCCAGCACCUCUCCCAGGGCUGAAUGAGGAACGCGCCACUGGACACACGAGGAAGAGGCUGCUCUGGCAGCUGCCAGUGCUGUGACCUCACCUCUCUGGCUUUGGGCAGCAGAUCCCCGCACCUAGGAUGCCUGCCUGGAAAUGUCCUUGCAUUCAAGGCUUCCUUCGCAGCCUCCUCCUCAGAGAAGCCUCCGCAAGUGCACAGGGAGUGUGCACAGCCUUGUGAAGGGCUGGGACCAUUGCCCAGACUGGGGCCCCUCGGGCACAGGCAUGGGGUCCUACUGACCUGUCUCCCCAGCUCCCACACGGAAAGCAUCUAAAAUAAACACACAUGGAUGGAAA